UGCCGUAUACAGUCCAUGAGUAAGACCGAGACGUCUAUAGUUUUAUCUGUGUUGGUUAAUUCGUGGAUGUGAGACGCAGGGGAAUUUUGUGUAGUCCGCGUUUAAUCGUAUAGUUGUUUGGUUAUUGUUAGCGACCAGUGAAUUGUAUUAAUCGGUUUAAAAGAGAAAAUAAAAGUAUUUCACAUUCAUAGCAGUUUUUUACUUUUACCUCAUAUAUAAUUUUGAAGAUGUCUGGCAGUAGAACUGACAUUUUUACUCCGACCAUUGCAGCCAAUGCCAACGUCUCAGCAAUGGACGUAACUCCACCUCCAAAUGCUGAAAACGAAAAUAGAGAUGAGAGAAAUACGCCCAGAAGUGUAAGUAGAACUAACGUCCCUGUAAAAUUCAAAUUGUCAUUGAUUGCCGAAGUGAAGAAACAUGACAUUAUCUGGCAAGACCGGAAACAGAAGAAGAAUACAGAUCUGUUGGACGACGCAUGGCAGAAGAUCCGUAAGGCGCUUCACAUUAAAAAAACGGGGUUCUGCGAGAAGCAAUGGAAGCUGCUGUGCCACGGAUACCGGAGCCACAUCAACAGGAACACGCCCAUGCAUGUAGACCUCAUCAGGGAGAUGGCUUUUAUGGCGCCGCAGCUCAAGAAAGCAUCUUCAGACAACGAACCGUCAGACUAUGAAGGAGAGCCCGGGUCUCCGGUCAGAAACAAAGCUCCACAACAAAAUCAAACUCCACAACCAAAGAAGGUCGCGCAACAGAACAGUUCGUGUUCAGACACCGAGUGCAGCGAGGACGAGCGUGCGUCGGUGGCCAUAUUAAAGUUGUUGUUCGCGAGCGUCCCGCCUGACACCAUGCGAGCGUUGAAGCAGACGCUCGUCGAGACGCUUAAUAAAAUUGUGCCUGAAGUGCAGACCAAAAUAUUGAACCACGCCAAAGAGCAGCUAGCCAAGUGCGGAGACUUCAGCAAAAUCGACUGGACGACGCUCGACGUACCUGUGGAAGUCAGCAAAGCCGUCUGGGAGCACAAAGUUAUGAAAAUAGUUCUCACGGACUGAUUAUAAAAGAUAUACUUAGGUACUUACAUAUUAUAUUAUACGUAUAUGUUGUGUUUGUUAGUUUUUCACUGUCCGUUGAGAUAUGAUUGCUGAAAAUGUGAUAUCUUGUAAUACUUUGGUGUUUCUUGACGUUUAAUGUUAAACUUAUUCCAUGUUUGUCACGGUGAAUAUUUUUAUGAAAAGUCUUGUCAUCAUUUGCAAGCUUGGCUUGGCUAGUAUUUAGGAGUAUUGAGAAAACAUGUUAAUAUAAAAAAUAAUACUCGAACAAAAGUAAUUGGUUAAGAAUUCAAUGUAACUCGAUUUAAUAUUGUUUUUAGUUGCUUGUUCUGAAUUUACAUAUAUAAGUAUGAUUUUGAAGGAUUUAUUAGUUAGGGCAUACUGAAAAUUCCUGGACUGGCCACUUAGAAAAAAUAAGAUCUUCUCAUAUACAUAUUAGAAUCCAGAAACUGAAGUAUGGCCCACGUAUAAUGAUCUCUAUUCAUAGGUAGGUAUACCACCUACCUAUCUUUUUAAUAAAAAUAAUUUUAGAUUUAAGUAUUUUUGUACAAGACUUAUAAGAUAACUAUAAAAUUAUUGUUAGAUUCAUAUAUUUUUAAAAAUAUGUCAGAGCUCUAAUAAUAAAAAAGUACUUA